GUGUAUAUCGGGGAGCUUCCUCAGGACUUCCUGCGGAUCACUCCCACCCAGCAGCAGCAGCAGGUGCAGCUGGACGCUCAGGCAGCCAGACAGCUGCAGUACGGAGGAUCGAUAGGCACUGUGGGGCGACUCAGCAUCACUGUGGUCCAGGCCAAACUGGCUAAAAACUACGGCAUGACUCGGAUGGAUCCGUACUGUCGGAUCCGACUGGGCUACGCAGUCUACGAGACGCCGACUGCUCACAACGGGGCCAAGAACCCGCGCUGGAACAAGGUGAUCCAGUGCACGGUGCCUCCGGGAGUGGACUCCUUCUACCUGGAGAUCUUCGAUGAGAGAGCGUUCUCGAUGGACGACAGGAUAGCGUGGACUCACGUCACCAUCCCCGAGGGUCUGAGGGAGGGCAACGUGGUGGACGAGUGGUUCAGCCUCAGCGGCAGGCAGGGCGACGACAAGGAGGGCAUGAUCAACCUGGUCAUGUCUUUUGCUUCGUUACCAGCAGGGAUGAUGACUCAGCCUGUGGUCCUGAUGCCGUCUGUGUAUCAGCAAGGAGUCGGAUAUGUGCCCAUUGCAGGUUAG